CAGGAUUUAAGUGUCCUCAGCCCUCAGCCAUGCCUUUUGGCAGCAGGAAGGGACCUCCCCCAACAAUCACGCUGACGCCGCACGUUUUCCGGCCUCGCGCCCGUGCGGUCGGCUGACUUGACGCGGCUGGAAGUGGGACAGCUGAAGUUCAUUCUCCUCAGCUGAUGAUGGCGGAUGUUGUCGAGAAAGACACCAUGAAGAACUACCGCACAGCGUCCGAGAGAAUCAACCCCGAGACCAGCCGCUUCCCUUACUGCGUCGUGUGGACGCCCAUCCCCGUGUUAUCAUGGUUGUUUCCAUUUAUUGGUCACAUGGGAAUCUGCACUUCCACUGGAGUCAUUCGAGACUUUGCCGGACCAUACUUUGUCUCAGAAGACAACAUGGCUUUUGGAAGACCAACAAAAUACUGGAUGCUUGACGUAAGCAAAGUCUACGCUAGUGGCUCCAACGCCUGGGACACAGCAGUGCAUGAUGCGUCAGAGGAGUAUAAGCACAGAAUGCACAACCUCUGCUGUGACAACUGUCACUCACAUGUUGCCAUGGCUCUGAAUCUGAUGCGGUAUGAAAACAAAUCCUCGUGGAACAUGGUCAAACUCUGUCUCCUCGCUCUCAUCCAUGGAAAGCACGUCAGCUGUGCAGGCUUCCUGAAGACCUGGUUGCCUUUCCUGAUGCUGAUGGGCAUCAUCCUGACAGUGGCCCUGGCCCUCAACCUCCGGUGACCUGGGAGGCAGAUUACGGACACAGUGGAACCUCCUGCAGGUUGUACGUGGGGGGAUUGACCUUUUUAAACAACAAGGAUAGGGGAGGGGCACCACACGGUGUCGAGCGAACGUAAAGGAGGACAUAAAGACUACUCACCUCUCAGGAGAAUGUCGAACAGUGUCCGGACAUGCGUACGCAUGCUUGGUCUGUGGAAAGCAGGAAGCCUGUUGCAUUUCUCCAGUAGGGACGCAUGAAUGGCCUAGUGACGGAAAUCCAUUAAUAUUCAGUUAUUUUGAGAAAAGUGACUGAAUACCCCCUCCCACCACCACAACCACCAGGACCAUACAAACACACUUAAUGGAUUAUAACUGCUGGAUUUUGAUUAUGAUUCUUGAAAGCCUGAGAGCAGGUUAAAGCCAUCACCACCUGCAAAGUGUAGAAAAGGUCUCGCUGCAUUUAUAGCUGAACGGAGGUGCGUACAUUGUUGAAUCCUCUGAAGGAAUCACAUCUAUGCCUUGCUUUCAGAUUUUGAUGAUCUUGCUUUGUGAGGGAUAACUCAGUGCUUCCAGAAUGCCAUUUUUAUACCUGGGAGUACAAACAUGUUAAAACAGUUACAUGCCUUUCAAGGGAAUUUAUUGCAUUUCAUUCUUGGUCUCACGUAGCUCUUCUACAGUUCUACCGCAACUAACAUGUGCCAGAGCAGUUUGCACAUUUUCUUACUUGUAUUCAGGCAGAGGCUACAUCCAUACUACUACGUUUUUUGUUUGGAAAUGCAAAAACUCCUGCUCCUGAUAUGCCUGGUGUCCACAGUACUCUAAAGCUGCUGGGGGCCCGUUUUAGUUUAAAAACUGUGGGGCUGCAUUUUAGGCUUGACGGGCAGAAACAGAGCUAUUUGGAAACAGUGACGCAAAGACUCACAACCACUGCCUGAUUGGGUCUUUUCUGUCAUAACAUAGCCUUAGCCAUGCCCAGUGUGCAUGUGGUCACGUUUUCAGGCAUGUUAUGGUGCCAAAACGCUCAUGUGGACAUAGAUCAACAACGUUUUCAAAUGAAAGUAUAGUACAGUAGUAUGGAUGUAGCCUAAUUCCAUAUGUUAUUAGAAAGUUUGCAUCUUCUAAAAAGAAAUAUUUUUUUAUAUGUGCAUUACAUAUGUCACCUCAUGGAACUAGAUUAAGUAGGUUUACGACUAAUACUCAUACCUUUGGGUACAGAUGAUCAGUGCAAUGAUUGUAGCAAACUCAGUGAAUGUGUCUGUGAGAAAAUUUCAAGCAGAAUAGUAAAAGCUCCUUUGGUUUUCUAUACUUGUGCCAAACAUAAGAGAACUGGAGACCAACUCAAACUGUGUCUUUGAAAAUGCUGCUUGUUAUUUAGUGAAACAGCUCAUGAUGACUCUUAAGUUGGUGAAUGAAAAGCCCCUUGAUGUCCGAGUUAUGAAACCUGGUUAAAUCUUUUUUUCAGCCUCAGAGAUGUUUUGUUUCAUAUCAGAUAAUUUUGACUCGAGUGCCUAAAAAUGACCUUUCUCACACAUCCCUGUUAUUAUAUUUUCAGCUGUUUUCAAAAAGAAAACGUUAAGUCCACAUCAUGGUUGAUGCACAAAUUCCGUUGCCAUGGAUUUCUUGAGUAGAUUCAAAUCCCUUAUUGUUUGCAAUCAAACAGAAAAAAAGUGUUGAGCCCUCUCUUUGUCCACGGUGCUGCCAGAAGCAGCAGGUAGCCAGGAUCCUCAGGUUUUUCACACUCACCGACCCCUGCUGAAUAUCCCCACUUUCUCCCGGCGACUGACCAGCGUCGCCCCUGCUGUUUUCCACCUCUGCAGAUCAGAUUCGAAGGUCAUUGUGAAAUGUCAGCACUGUUUUCACGAAGCUUUGAUAAUAUACCCGCCAACAUCCUGCCGUAAUCCAGCACAGAGAGUGUGAGCCUUUAAAUUAAAGUCAGUUUUAUUUUCUUUGGUAAUGGGGCUAAUACGAGGUAGGGCUAACACAGUGCCAGCUUUCUAGACUGUGCUCUCCUCACUGAGCUUCUGUUGAAAGCAGAUAUUCUUUGGCCUUUUUGUGUGUAUUUCAGCCUUGUUGCCUGUAAAUAUUUGAACACACAUUAUACUGUACACCAGGUGCUCUUUGUGUACUUUGCAAACUUGAUCACUCACUCUAAGGAUUUAUCCUUUGAAUAAUUUAGUGUUUUGUUCGCUUUACUCUACUUCUGCAUAUCAUCUCUGCAGAUUUGUGUGUGAAUGUGAGUGUGUGUGUUUGUGGGUGUGUGUGCCUUAGUCGUGCAUCUGACAGGAGAGAGCAUGUGAUUGCAUGCCAGCAUGUGCAUAUUGCAUGCGUGCAAGAAAUUGGGAGGGUUUGAGGAAGAGAGUAUUUCAUGUUUGACUCAUACAAUGGCUUCUUGAUUAAUUAUCAGCUGCAUUUCAUUGCAGCCAUCGAUUGAUUUCUUUUAUAUAUAUAUCACACAUAUCUUUCUCUUAAUCAGUUUCAAGUAAACCCAUAGAAGGAAUAAAUAAUACAUUAGACUGUAACAGGCCUGUGUAUGUUAAUGUUGAUUUCAUGCUAUAGCCCGCAACGUGUAUAUCUCCAGAUUCUCUAUAAUUUUUUUUUCUCUCAGAGCAUUAGAACAAGGGAACAAAGACAGAAACAGAGAAUCUGGCAUCACUUUGAACAGGGGAAAUUGUCUAUUUAAAAACUCUUUUGUGAAUCUUUUAAACCUCCUUUCUGUGACAGCUCAUAACUCUCUUCUCCCUUUUUAAAGAUCUGUCACCAAGAAGUAAAUAGCUUUUAUUGUAAAUACCACUUGAUGCCCUAAGAUCUCAUGUAUAUUAUAUAUAGAUUAUAUAAUAUAUAAUAUUCUGGACAUUAGGUACAAGGAAGCAGACGGAUGGCAUGCAGGGGGCUGUUACUCACAGUAAUCCGGAAAUAUGCCCAUUAUGUCCAAACUUCAGUGACAUGUUCCAUCUCUGUCCAAACUCAGUGAAGAUGUCAGUGCAAAAUACCUGUAGAAACAAGGAUAAAAGGGAAAAUCCCUUUGAUUCUCUGUAAUGGAGCUAAACGUCAUAAAAUAAGAGGGGGGAGAGCAAAACUGUGUCUUUGAAUAUAUCACUUGUUCUUUGGUGAAACAGUUUAUUCAUUGCAUUGGGAGCCAUGAAAGGUAAUGAAUGAAUAGCCCUUUGAGGUCAGCUGACGAAACUCACAACAUUGUCAUUUUACUGCGUCUCAUAUUUAAAUGUCUAUGUAUAUUUUAGGAAGAGAGAUAAGAAAACUUGUUCAGAUAAAAUGGCACACCAGUCCUUUGUUGGAGCAUUUUGACUAAGAAUGCCACAUUCAUGGUGGGAUCAUUUUAGAUGUGGCCGGCUCUUGGUGCCUUGUUGUAUCCAAGAGCCAGGUCCAGGAAUGUGGAGACAUGUGGUCCCAGUGAUUCAGACCGUUGACAAAAGACAGUUGGGAUGCUAUUAUUAGUGCCAAUAUCCAUAUAUACCAGUCUGCAAUUUCCAAACCUUCUUUUAUUUCUAUAAUCCCCAAAAUAUCUUCUAUGCUGCAGAUCAUAUAGCCCAUUGGGGAUUUUAAGACUCAACUGCAAGUGAUUGUGUGAACGCUGAAUGUGUUUAAGACUUACAGCUAUAAUACCAAUAAAGAUGUCUAUUAUUGUAGA